GUCGGAAGGGACGCUCCCCAGGCUUGUUUCUCCCGCAGGCUUCCUGCAAAUCGUGAAGGCGACCCGUGGGGAGAAGGAGGGGAUAGAACCCGUUGCCCACGUCCAGUCGUCCGUCUGCCAGCCCUGAGACCAGAAACUGCACUGGAAUGGAAGUGGUAAAACGGAAGAUGUGGGGAGAUGGUUUGGCUUUUUCCUGUGCAUCACCACCUCCCCAGAUGUGUCUUUUGCGUAAGAAAAGAAAUGUCAUCAUUUGACCCACGGUUCUCCGUUUCACAAAGGUCUCUCUCUCUGUUUCUCUGCCUCUAACGGGACAGUACUGCAUGACAUCCACACCUGGCACGCUUUGAAGUCUUGGAAGCUGCAGUGUAGCAAUCAAGCAUCCUCACCAGAUGGCCGGUUCCGUAGAAAAUGGGCAUGUCUGCAACCGGAGUGUGUCAGAGUGUGCAGCGGGAUGUCAAUCUUUCUCCAGAAGGAAGGAAGAGAAAAGGGUGAUGGUGGAAGAAACUCAGAAACUGGUGACCUUUGAGGAUGUGGCCGUGUGUUUCACCAAGGAGGAGUGGGUAUUGCUGGCUUCAGACCAAAGAUCUUUAUACAAGGAAGUCAUGAUGGAAAACUAUGAGACGGUGUUCUCUCUUGUUCCAAAAUCUGAACGUAUUUCCCAUAUGGAGCAGGAGGAAGAGCUGUGUGUACAGAAUCCUCUGGACGUGGAGCAAGUGGAAAUCAUGGAUCUGGGAUCAAGCAGCUUUUUGGAUAACUGGAGGAAAAGAUCUCCGUCCACAAAGUGUAGGAAAUGUUCUACAUCCAUUCUGGAUCUUUCUAGACCACAGCAAGCCCAAAGAGAAGAAAAUCAUACCGGAGUGGAGCCCUACAACUGUCCUGACUAUUUCUCCCAAAAGAUAGCUGUUGUGCUUCAUGAGUGGGUCAACACAAAAAAUAAAUAUUUUGGAUGUGACGAAUCUCGGAAAUAUUUUGCCAACAUUUUGAAUCUUAAGAGCCAACAGACAAUGGCCAUAGAGGAGAAACCCUACAAAUGCCAGGAGUGUGGGAAAUGUUUUGCUCACAGGUCAGACCUUCCAAGGCACCAAAGAGUCCACACAGGAGAAAAACCAUACAGUUGCCAGGAAUGUGGGAAAUGCUUUUCUUGCAAUUCAAACCUCAUGAUGCACCGAAGAGUCCACACAGGAGAAAAACCACACAUAUGCCAGCUCUGUGGGAAAUGUUUUGCUUCUAGUUCAGCCCUUUCGAAGCACCAGACAAUCCACACAAGAGAUAAACCGUACAAAUGUCAGGCGUGUGGGAGAUGUUUUGCUCAAAAGUCACAUCUUAUGAGACAUCACACAGUCCAUACAGGAGAAAAACCAUACAAAUGCCAAGAGUGUGGGAAGUGUUUCGCUUGUAAUACAAACCUUGUAAAGCAUCAGGGAGUCCACACAGGAGAGAAACCAUACAAAUGCCAGGAGUGUGGGAAGUGUUUUGCUCAGAAUUCACAUCUUAUGAGGCAUCAUGCAGUCCACACAGGAGAAAAACCAUACAAAUGCCAAGAAUGUGGGAAGUGUUUUGCUUGCAAUACAAACCUUGUGAAACAUCAGGGAGUCCAUAUAGGAGAAAAACCAUAUGGAUGUCAGGAGUGUGGGAAAUGUUUUGGUCAGAAUUCAUACCUUGUGAGGCAUCUCACACUCCACACCGGAGAAAAACCAUUCCGAUGUCUAGAGUGUGGGAAAUGUUUUGUUUCCAGUGCAAGCCUUGUGAAGCAUCAACGGAUCCACAUAGGAGAGAAACCAUACAAAUGCCUAGAGUGUGGGAAAUGUUUUAUUUGCCGUACAAGUCUUGUGAAGCAUGAGAGAAUCCACACAGGAGAGAAACCAUACCAAUGUCAAAUAUGCAGGAAUUCUUUUGCUCAGAAUUCACACCUAUUGAUGCAUCAGAGAGGCCACACAGGAGAAAGACCAUACAAAUGUCAGGACUGUGAGAAAUGUUUCAUUUCCAGUGCAAGCCUUAUGAAGCAUCAGCGAAUUCACACAGGGGAGAAACCAUACAAAUGCCAGUUAUGUGGGAAAGGCUUUAUUUUCAGUUCAGCUCUUUUGAAACAUCAGAUAAUCCACGCUACAGAUAAACCAUACAAAUGCUUGGAAUGUGGGAAAUGUUUUGCUCAGAAUGUGCACCUUGUGAGACAUCAGACAGUCCACACAGGAGAGAGGCCAUACAAAUGCCCAGAGUGUGGAAAACGUUUUGCACGCAAUUCAGACCUGUUUACUCACCAAAGAGGUCACAUAGCAGAAGAACCAUACUAAUGCCAGGCAUGUGGAUAAUGUUUUCCUCACAGUUCACAAUUUUUGAGACACCAGAGAGUCCAUACAUGUGUUUUCCUGUCAGGGGAGAACAUGUAGGGUAAUCAGGCCAUCCCCACAAGAAAUGUAAAGCAUGACAUACUAUAGGUUACACAGGAGAGGGACUUCUAGAUGCCAGGAGUGCUCAAGGCAAAGCACCAUGUCUACACAGAUUAUCAAAUAAAUGUCAAGAAUGUGGGAAAUAAGAACUGCUGACAAUGCACUUCUUAUGAGGUAUCAGAAAGUCCACGCAUGGGGAAACCAUUCAAAUUAGUAUGGAAAAUGUUAUUUAGAUCACCAAGUAGUCUCAGAUAACCCACAUAGCAAAAAGAAACAUGAUAAAAAAGUGAAGUUGGAAGGGGCCUAUAAGGCCAUCAAAUCCGCCCCCCUGCUCAAUGCAGGAAUCUAUAUCUAAGCAGAUCUAACAGAUGAUUGUCCAAUUAUCUACGUCUUGAUUGCCAAAGGUCACGUACCAAAGCCUCCACAACUAUGCUGAAGCCACAGAAUGAUUUUAAGGGGGAGAUGGCAUAAAUAAACAUAGCAUGGAAAAAAAAUCUUCCUCACAACUCAGCUAGUGAGAAUUGGCAUUUUAAUUAGCAAGAGAGUAACUGUAUUGGCAUCCACUGUGGAAAAUGUUUUCUUUACUGCAAAAAUUUAGCAAUCUGCAGGCAGAUCCACUCGGGUGGGAAACCUCAUAUGUGCCCUUAGUUUGGGAAAUACCUUCUUGAACAAUCACAAGCUGAGGAAAGGGAAGAGGCAUACAGAGUAGAUGCAGGAUGAACCUGAACUUUAACUCCAGUUAUUGGGAGAAGCUGGGGAAUGAAUGAGUGAGAGCGUGGCAGGAGCAGAAGUGCAAAAACCAGAAAAUGUCCACACAAUAGUCAUAAAACAUACCAUGGUGGUGACAGUUUAGACAAAUAUACACAGAUGGGCUAACAUAUGUGUGGCUUAUGUACUGUCCACCUCCAAUUAAUAGUGGUCCUAACAGGGUUUUCUUUUCAAAGUAGGUGAGAUAUUUGAGCAGUGGUUUUACUGUGAGUUUCCAAGGGGGGGGGGGUUCAAACCCAGUUCUCCUAAGUCCUAGUCUGUUGCUUUUCCUGCUACACUACACCGGCUGAAAUCCAUUGUUUAGCAUAGUAAGUCGCAGCUCAGAUAGGCCUGUUUGAAUCAAUGGAACUUACACUGAUCAGCCACAACAUUCAAACCACUGACAGGUGGAGUAAAUAGCAUUGAUUAUAUCAUUACAAUGGCACCUGCCAAGGGAUGGGAGAUAUUAGGCAGCAAGUAAACAGUCCGUUCUUGACUUUCAUGGAGGCAGGAAACAUGGGCAAGUGAAAAAAUCUGACUGACUUUGACAAGGGCCAAAUAGUGAUGGCUAGACGAAUGGGUCAGAGCAUCUCCAAAACGACAAGUCUUGUGGGGUGUUCCCGAUAUUCAGUGGUUAGUACCUAUCAAAAGUGGUGCCAUGAGGGACAACCGGUGAACUGAUGGCAGGGUUGCAGGUGUCCAAGGCUCAUUGAUGCAUGUGGGGAGUGAAGGCUAGC